GUGACAUCAUCAGUGAAGGUCAUUCCUUUAGAGGUGAUGACAUCAUUUGACAUCAGCAGGUGGAUUAUGUUGCAUCUCAUUUCAGUCUUCAAAGGCAUCAUUUGACAUCAUUAGACCUCCAGCAUUUUAUCUAUAAAUAUGAGGCAUUUUCAGAGCAUACGAAUUUCAGAGUUUGUGGGCAAAGACACGCAAGUGAAAGAGAAACAGGAAGGUUUCACAAGUUUCGAAAACAAGAACUGAGUUUGAGUCAACUUUUUGAGAUUUAUUGACCAGUUCCUUCAAAAUGUCACACGGUGAAGAAUUUCAGCAGAUGGACGUUUCUAUUGAAGAAUUACAUAACGUCACAGAGAGCAUUCUGCAGCAAAAUGACACUUUGAGCAAACAUCUGGAGAAAAUUUGCAAGAGUUUGCGGAAAAGGAAAGAUUUGGACGCUUCAUGCAAAGAAUUGAAAAAGACACGGAAAGCUGCUAUCGGGGAAAACAAAAAAUUGGUGAAGCAGCUGGAGAGUCUAAGAGUGGACGUGGAAAAGCAGAUCCACGUGGAAAAAGUGUGUGAAAAAGAGAGGACUAAAACAUCUCAGGCCUUGAAAAGUAACCAAGACCUGAAAACAAUAAUAGCCUCUCUUCAGGCCAGACUUCAGCAGCUGCAAGAAAUGGAGCAAGAAAUUCCUGGCAUGAAAGCUGAACGUAAACUUUUGAAACGGGAGAAGACAGAUCUGCAAUCCCAACUGAAGAAACUCCAGAAGAAGACUGCCCGCAAAGCACACCUGGAACCUGAUUUGAGAAAUGAAUUUGAGGAAUUCCAGGCUUUAAAGCAACAGACUGAAGAACUGAGGCAAAACCUUCAGGAGUUGCAACAACAAAAUGAGGAGCAAAAGACAAUGGCAGACAACUAUCCUAGCAUGAUAGAAGAUAGGCAACGUCUCACAGAUCUGAGGGCUCAACUGGAAAGAGAGAUUUCUGAUCAGAGACAGCAGCAGGAGGAAACACGUCAGCUGAUUGCUCGACGUGAGGAGGACAGGAGAGAACUGGAAUUGCUCAGAGAACAAACAAACGCCUUCACAGCAGAGAAAAAUGCUCUGGCAGACAGAAUCUCUGAAGAAAAGUCCCAACUUGAAGACAAAAAGAAGCAGCUUCAAGAUGACGUUUCAGGACUAAAACAGAAGCAAAAGGAACUUUGUCAACUGGCUGUGCAAUACAACAAGGCAGUGAGUAAACUGGGACCUCUUCGAGAUGAAACAAAGAACCUCAAAGGUGAAAAAACCAUGCUGACCGACCUUCUGAAACACCAUCAAACAUUGGAGACUGAAUACCAUGAGAUAAAAGCAGAAAUUCAGGAGGCGGAAGCCUACAACUGUCAAGCUCUCGAGGAGGUUGAUUUUCUGAAGGGGAAGCUUUCAGAGUUAAAAAAUGUGGAGAAGAGAGUUUUAAAAGUAAAGGAGGACAAAUUGAAGGCAGAAGAAACAUAUGACCGUCUCUAUAAGGAGCUUCAAGACGUUCAAGUUCAGAUCAUGGCUCACAAAGGGAGCACUGCUGCUCUAGAGAAAGAAAUCCAGGAUCUCCAGAGGAAGGACCAGGAACUAAAAGAGGUCAGUGCUGAAUUUAACAGAAUCUCUGAAGAAAAGUCCCAACUUGAAGACAAAAAGAAGCAGCUUCAGGAUGAAGUUUCAGGACUAAAACAGCAGCAAAAGGAACUUUGUCAACUGGCUGUGCAAUACAACCAGGCACUCAGCAAACUGCGACCUCUUCGAGAUGAAACAAAAAACCUGAGAGAUGAAAAAUCCAUGCUGACCGACCUUCUGAAACAGCGUCAAACAUUGGAGACUGAAUACCAUGAGAUAAAAGCAGCAACAGACGUUAUGGAGGAUGAAAUCUUUGACCUUCAAACUGAGGUUUCUGAUCUGCGGAACAAGGUUGAUCAUUUGGAUAGUGUGGAGGAAAACGUUUCAAAAGCAAAGGAGGAACACCUGAAGGCAAAGGAGAAACACAACCUUCUCAAGAAGGAACUCCAAGACCUGCGGCCACUGCAGUGGCUCCCGUCUCCGGUGAGCCAGGACCAACUCGCGGGAAACCAGCUUGCAGUCCUUGGCCAGGCCCAGGAAGCACAUGAGGUCAAUGAAGCAUGUCGUGAGGUUCAGCUGGCAGCCAAACUCGCUGGUGGCAUAGUCGUAGGGGAAGGUGUGGUGAUAGUUGUGAUAUCCCUCACCUAUUUAUUGACCAGUUCCUUCAAAAUGUCACACGGCGAAGAAUUUCAGCAGAUGGACGUUUCUAUUGAAGAAUUACAUAACGUCACAGAGAACAUUCUGCAGCAAAAUGACACUUUGAGCAAACAUCUGGAGAAAAUUUGCAAGAGUUUGCGGAAAAGGAAAUAUUUGGACGCUUCAUGCAAAGAAUUGAAGAAGACACGGAAAGCUGCAAUCGAGGAAAACAAAAAACUGGUGAAGCAGCUGGAGAGACUCAGAGUGGACGUGGAAAAGCAGAUCCGCGUGGAAAAAGUGUGUGAAAAAGAGAGGACUAAAACAUCUCAGGUCUUGGAAAGUAACCAAGACCUGAAAACAAUAAUAGCCUCUCUUCAGGCCAGACUUCAGCAGCUGCAAGAAAUGGAGCAAGAAAUUCCUGGCAUGAAAGCUGAACGUAAACUUUUGAAACGGGAGAAGAUAGAUCUGCAAUCCCAACUGAAGAAACUCCAGAAGAAGACUGCCCGCAAAGCACACCUGGAACCUGAUUUCAGAAAUGAAUUUGAGGAAUUCCAGGCUUUAAAGCAACAGACUGAAGAACUGAGGCAAAACCUUCAGGAGUUGCAACAACAAAAUGAGGAGCAAAAGACGAUGGCAGACAACUAUCCUAGCAUGAUAGAAGAAAGGCAACGUCUCACAGAUCUGAGGGCUCAACUGGAAAGAGAGAUUUCUGAUCAGAGACAGCAGCAGGAGGAAACACGUCAGCUGAUUGCUCGACGUGAGGAGGACAGGAGAGAACUGGAAUUGCUCAGAGAACAAACAAACGCCUUCACAGCAGAGAAAAAUGCUCUGGCAGACAGAAUCUCUGAAGAAAAGUCCCAACUUGAAGACAAAAAGAAGCAGCUUCAAGAUGAAGUUUCAGGACUAAAACAGAAGCAAAAGGAACUUUGUCAACUGGCUGUGCAAUACAACAAGGCAGUGAGUAAACUGGGACCUCUUCGAGAUGAAACAAAGAACCUCAAAGGUGAAAAAACCAUGCUGACCGACCUUCUGAAACACCAUCAAACAUUGGAGACUGAAUACCAUGAGAUAAAAGCAGAAAUUCAGGAGGCGGAAGCCUACAACUGUCAAGCUCUCGAGGAGGUUGAUUUUCUGAAGGGGAAGCUUUCAGAGUUAAAAAAUGUGGAGAAGAGAGUUUUAAAAGUAAAGGAGGACAAAUUGAAGGCAGAAGAAACAUAUGACCGUCUCUAUAAGGAGCUUCAAGACGUUCAAGUUCAGAUCAUGGCUCACAAAGGGAGCACUGCUGCUCUAGAGAAAGAAAUCCAGGAUCUCCAGAGGAAGGACCAGGAACUAAAAGAGGUCAGUGCUGAAUUUAACAGAAUCUCUGAAGAAAAGUCCCAACUUGAAGACAAAAAGAAGCAGCUUCAGGAUGAAGUUUCAGGACUAAAACAGCAGCAAAAGGAACUUUGUCAACUGGCUGUGCAAUACAACCAGGCACUCAGCAAACUGCGACCUCUUCGAGAUGAAACAAAAAACCUCAGAGAUGAAAAAUCCAUGCUGACCGACCUUCUGAAACAGCGUCAAACAUUGGAGACUGAAUACCAUGAGAUAAAAGCAGCAACAGACGUUAUGGAGGAUGAAAUCUUUGACCUUCAAACUGAGGUUUCUGAUCUGCGGAACAAGGUUGAUCAUUUGGAUAGUGUGGAGGAAAACGUUUCAAAAGCAAAGGAGGAACACCUGAAGGCAAAGGAGAAACACAACCUUCUCAAGAAGGAACUCCAAGACCUGCGGGUCUAGGAAGAGAAGGACUUAGAACUCCAAACGAAAACAGCAGCAAAACAAAGCUGUGAAGGAGGAUCCGACCAGGGAAGAAAAAUCUAGAAUUAGAAAAGGGACAUAGGGGAAAAAAGAGAAAUGGGGUCAAAAUGGGGGAAAGUCUUUGUGUUUAGUUCAUUUUAGGACACAAAAAGGCAAAAACUAAUGUUUAGAAUAGGGUCAAAGGGAAAAAAGAAACAGAAAUGGGGGGAAAAGCCUUUUAUUUAGUGCAUAGUAGGACACAAAAAGGCAGAAACUAAUGUUUAGAAUAGGGUCAAAGGGAAAAUAAAAAUAGAAACGGGGUAAAAAUGAGGAAAAGCCUUUUUUUAGUACAUAGUAGGACACAAAAGGGAAGAAAUAUAAAAAAGUAAAAAUAAAAAAUGGGAUGAAAAAGAAUGUAAUUAAAAGGGAAAAUAUGUUUUUAUUGGGUUCAUAAUCCUUGUACUAUCUUGGGAUAUGGUGUAUAAAUAUGUGUGUUGUUGUGUACAUGUGUUUGGUGGAGGGAGGGGGUUAACAUACAGUACCCCCCCACCAAGUCAAGUCACCUUCCUAACAAGCAAUGUCACUUGUUAGGGGGGACCUGACCGGGGUACACAUUUUUAAAAUGCCUGCCUCCCCCCUACUGGACAAAUGCAAACACAACACACACCAUGUCCCGGCCUAAAAAAAGGGUUAAUUAAUUUGUCAAAAUCCUUUUCGGCGUUUAAAAAAAAGGGCGACACACUAAUAAGUGUGUUUGUGUGGGUUUUCUCUGAGUGCUUCAGUUCCCCCCACCCAA